AUGAAGAGUAAGAAGCCAUGGCUCUUAUUUGCUCUGCUUCUAAUCAUGUCUUAUUACAGAUCAUGCUUCUCCAUAGCUGGUGAUACCCUUUCUCCAGGUCACUCUCUUUCCCUUUCAAAGAGAGAGACCAUAGUAUCUAAAGGUGGCACUUUUGAGCUCGGUUUCUUCCAACCAGGAACUUCAUUAAAAAUCUACCUGGGCAUAUGGUACAAAAUGUUUGUUCCAAAGGAAGUUGUUUGGGUAGCAAACAGAGACACCCCUUUGUCUGACCCAUCUUCCUCAAGACUUGACCUCUCAGAAGAUGGCAAUCUACUCCUGUUUCAAGGUUCCCCAUGGAUCCCAGUUUGGUCGACAAAUUUGACAUUUCCCGGGUCAAAUUUAACUGAAGCAGUACUUGGUGAAGAUGGGAAUUUGGUUUUAAGAGAUGGGUCGAACCAGAGUUGUAUAUUUUGGGAGAGUUUCGACCAUCCAACCGAUACAUGGCUGCCAGGUUCAAAGGUGGGAAUCAAUAAGCUCAUUUCAUGGAAAAAUUCAGAAGAUCCAGCACCUGGUGUGUUCUCGUUUGGGUUAGACCCAAAUGGAAGCAAUCAAUAUUUCUUAGAGUGGAACAGAUCCCAAAUCUAUGGGAGUUCUGGAGUUUGGAACGGAAAAUCUUUCAGCUUAGUUCCUGAAAUGAACGGAUUGAGUUCUCAACUUCACUUUUGUGCCAAAGGACAGCUGAGGGAACGGGUGUGGUGGUCUGGCCCUAGGGUAUGGAGUGAAUUUUGGUAUGCGCCGUGGAACCUUUCUGAUGUCUUUGCUUUGUGUGGUGCAUUUGGGGUGUGUCGUGACAAUCUCUCAAACCCUUGUGAGUGUCUAAGAGGUUUUGAACCAUUUUCUGUGACAGAUUGGUCAGGUGGGUGUGUGAGGAAAUCCCCUUUGCAAUGUGAGAAUAAUACGUAUGCUAAUGGCAAGAAAGAUUGGUUUCUGAAAAUAUCAAACAUGCAAUUGCCUGUUUAUUCAAAAGCAUAUUUGGCUGUGAAUGCUAGCAGAUGUAAACUGGCUUGCAUGGAAAAUUGUUCUUGCACAGCUUAUGCUUAUAAUAGGAGUGGGUGUAUGAUAUGGGAAGGAGCUCUUUUUAACUUACGUCAACUCUCAGAUGGUGGCGAGACAAGACAAGAUAUCUAUCUCAGACUUGCUGCUGCUGAGUAUCAAAAUACCAAAGGAGAGAAGGCUUCAAGCAAUAAUCUACUAUUAUUUGAUUUCGAUGCUGAACUCUAUGUAAUCGAUGAUGGAAUGAACACUAGCAAUAAUCUAAAGAGAAGAGAGAAGGAUGCUGAGUUACCACUAUUCAGUUAUAAGAGCGUAUCAGCUGCAACCAAUAAAUUCUCAAAUAUGAAUAAGCUUGGAGAAGGAGGGUUUGGUCCUGUUUAUAAGGGAAAAUUACUUCAAGGGAAGGAAAUUGCAGUAAAGAUGCUUUCAAAAAGAUCUGGACAAGGAAUUGAGGAGUUCAGAAAUGAGACAAUACUAAUAGCAAAACUCCAGCAUAGAAAUCUUGUCAGAAUCUUAGGUUGUUGUAUUGAGCGAGAUGAAAAGAUAUUAAUAUAUGAGUACUUGCCCAAUCAAAGUUUGGAUUUCUACCUUUUUGAUCAAACUAAGAAAAAGAUGUUAGAAUGGGGGACACGCAUACGCAUUAUUGAAGGAAUUGCUCAAGGGCUUCUUUAUCUUCAUCGAUAUUCAAGGUUACGAAUCAUACAUAGAGAUCUAAAACCCAGUAACAUUCUCUUGGAUUGUGAAAUGAAUCCAAAAAUAUCAGAUUUUGGGAUGGCUCGAAUAGUUGGAGACAAUGAAACGCAAGCAAACACACAUCGAAUUGUCGGAACUUAUGGCUAUAUGUCUCCCGAAUAUGCUAUGGAUGGUUUGUACUCGAUAAAGUCUGAUGUGUUUAGCUUUGGAGUAUUAAUACUAGAGAUUGUGAGUGGCAAGAAGAACACUGGCUUCUAUAACAGCGAGUCACUCAAUCUUCUUAGAUAUGCAUGGGAGCUGUGGAAAGAUGAUCAAAUUUUGGAGUUAAUGGAGUCAACAAUAGGGUAUCCUUCUUCAACUUCUAUUAUAUUGAGAUUCAUUAACAUUGGCCUUCUUUGUGUCCAAGAAAGCCCGACCGAUCGACCUACUAUGCCUGAUGUAGUCUCAAUGAUUAGCAAUGAACAUGCACCUCUACCUACACCCAAGCAACCUGCUUUUACAAGAGGUCGGAAUGUGAUCGACACAAAUUCAACAAUUGACAAUCCAGAAAUUUGCUCAAAAAAUAGUUUAACUAUUUCAACAAUGGAAGCCCGAUGAAUGAUUCCAAUAUCAAUGCAAAUAAUGUUGUAGAACUAAACUCUCUGUCUGAUUUGUAUGUGCAUUGAUAUGCUACAUAUAUAUACUUGUUUAAAUGUUGUCUUAGUUCAAUCUUA